AUAUUUUAAUACAGCUAUUUAUUUAGGGCUGUUGCUGGCCGUCCGAUAAUUCGGACGAUUAAUUUUUUUUUAUUCGUCCGAUAUGUUAAGUCUUAUUAUGUUGAAGAUUUUCAUUGAGUACCAACAUUCCCAAAAUUAUAUAAUAUUGCAAAUAGCCCCAAAUUAUAAGUGUAUUUAUAUAGGUGCGAUAUAGAGGUAAAUAAAAAUAUUGAAAAGGAAGUGUAGCUAAAUAUAUGAGUUAUACUUUUUAAAAAAAUAGAGAGGUAAUUCAAGAAAUGAUAAAAUAUACAACAUACACGAAGAGGUUAUGUUUAUGUUUUGUCUACAUUCCAUAUAGAAAAUAAGCUAGUUAUAAAAAUAUUUAAUUCAUUUUCAAUAAUUAAUUGAUAUACUUGAUUGACAUUUUAAAAGGACCUAUAGAGGUAAGGGUACUCAUACAAUGUGAGGCAUGUGAUGUGAGGUGUGCUUUGGUCUCGAAAUAUUGGAAUGAAGAUUUUAAAUACUAACAUGCAUAUUUAAUCCAAUAUCAAUUAUAUUACCAUAAAUCUUAUAUAAUUAAAAAUAGAAAAAUAUGUGAUGAUUUGAAGCCAACUAAUACAUUAAUAUAGGAAAAUUCCACAAAGAAUAAUGAGAAUGAAUUUAGGAUCUACUUUUCAACUACAUCUGAACCAUGUGUAAUAUGAGUGUAAUGAUUUUGAAUAAUUAAUCGAAAUAUUGAUGUUUUCCUUUUAUCCUGGAUAUUGGCAACUUCGUAACAUUAUUAUCAUAGUUUCGUAUUUCCCAGAGAUGGUCUACAUCUUGUACUUGUAUUACAUGAAGGAUAUGGACAUUCACGUUUUUUAAAGGAGAUAAAAUGUCAUCAAGAGAGAAAUAAUUCUUAUGAAUUGGAACUAGAGACAAGGCCAAUUGGAAACGAAAAUGAAGAUAAAACAAGAGUUUAUAUAGGAAACGAGCGUUGGAUGGACAAGGAAAAUUUUAAAACAGCAGUAGAUAUAAAGCCAGCAACUGGAUUUGUGAAUAACAUGGCUAGAUUUAUUUUUGGUCUCGAAACUUUACGUAAAAGCACGGUGACAGGCGAAAGUUCACGAAGAAAACGAAAGGAAAAUGACGAUACAAAUUUGGAGAAACCUUUAAAAUUACCUGUGGACGGAAUAAAAACUUUGAGAGGUAUUUUCAAGUAUUACCUAGAUACCUCUCCAUGGUACAAAAAUUUAGAUCUGCUAGCAAAAGACCAUAUUCAUGGAAAAUUAGGAGGCUAUUUAAGUAAAUUUAUAGCCAAUUUGAAAGCUCCCAAAAGAACGGACAACCGAAAAAUACAUGAAGACGGUAAAAAAAAAGAACGUAACAAUAAUAAAACGAAGGGCUCUUCAGACAGAGAAGAAAAAGAAAACCAAGAAGAAAGAAAUUAUGAUGAUGAAGAUGGAGAACAUGAUGAGGAUGGUGAAGAUAAUGAUGGUGAAGAUAAUGAUGAUGAAGAUAAUGGUGGUGAAGAUAAUGAUGAUGAAGAUAAUGGUGGUGAAGAUAAUGAUGACGAUAAUCAUGAUAAUGAUGAUGAAGAAGAUAAUGAGACUGAAAAGGCAAUAGAAAGCAGAUUAUCAAAGAUGAAAAUAUUAAGAAAAUAUGUUCAUAAAAGUUCUGAUGAAGAUUUAUCAGAGUAAAAUAUGUAUGAAACUAAUGAAUAAAGAUUUUUUUUUAAGAAAAAACAAUUUAGUUCAAUAAAAAUUAGGGAAACGGGUGACCGUAACGGCCAUCCCUGCAACUUCCUGCUAACUCCAUACCUGAGCGCUCAACAUUACACUUAUUUUGUUUUUGAGCUCUCCGAGAUCAAAAAUAUGAUUUUCAGGUUAUUUUGAGCUCCCCGAGCUCAAAAAGAAAUCUGUUCUAUGCUUUUGAACUCUUCGUGCUCAAAAGUCUAACAGAAGUUUUCAUAAAACACUAUUUUUUGAAUUUUCAAACCACAAUAACUUUUGAAUCAAUCAAUCGAUUUUCUCGCGGUUUACGGAAUUCAACGAAGUUUAUUGAGCUCUUUAAAGAAUCUUACAGCACAAACUAAUCAGGCUAAAAAUUUUAUAUAAAUUCUUA